UGUAAGUAGUACAGUGUUUUCUUUUAAUUGAAACUUAAGUAGUACAGUGUUACCAGCCUCACACAUUUCUUACCACUAUAUCAAUAGAGACCAUCACACAUUUCUCACCACUAUCACACUCAUAAAAGCUCUUACUCUUUCCUAUAAAGACAGAAACUGAAAACACAGUUACACACUUAACGUCCCUAAAACCUCCGAAAUAAAAUUCCAUGUUGCCUCCGUCAACAUCCCCACGGCAACCAUCGUCACAUCAUAUGGACUUACCCACUCCACAAUCACCAGAUAAAUCCCCCGCGACGAUUCUCCUCGGCAAAUACGAACUCGGUCGCCUUCUCGGCAGCGGUAGCUUUGCCAAAGUCCAUGUGGCUCGUUCCAUCGAAACCGAACAACUUAUGGCCGUCAAAAUCAUCGACAAGAAGAGAACCGCAACGGCCGGUAUGGAACCGAUGAUAAUCCGGGAGAUCGAAGCCAUGCGCCGCCUCCAACACCAUCCUAACGUCCUCACAAUCCACGAGGUCAUGGCCACUAAAACAAAGAUCUAUCUCGUCAUGGAGCUCGCUGCCGGCGGAGAGAUUUACACCAAGAUUCGCGAUUCUGGCCGCCUCAAGGAAUCGGAGGCGCGUCGCUACUUCCAGCAGCUCGUCUCGGCGCUAACUUUCUGCCACCGAGAGGGAAUCGCCCACCGCGACGUGAAGCCGCAGAAUCUCCUCCUCGACAAGGAGGGCAACCUCAAGGUCUCCGACUUCGGUUUAUCCGCUUUGCCGGAGGACCGUAGGAGCACCGGAAUGCUCCACACAGCUUGCGGCACGCCUGCUUACACAGCGCCGGAGGUGAUUGCUCAUAGACAUUACGACGGCGCGAAGGCUGACUCGUGGUCGUGUGGCGUCUUCCUCUUUGUUCUUCUCGCAGGUUACGUCCCUUUUAAUGAUUGCCAUAUUGUACUAAUGUACAGGAAGAUCCAAGGGAGAGAUUACAAGUUCCCAAACUGGAUCUCGAAACCUGCUCGAUCCAUCAUCUACAAGUUGCUCGAUCCGAAUCCGGAAACGAGGAUGAGUAUCGAAGCUGUAAGUGAAACCAAAUGGUUCAAGAAAUCCCUAAAAACCUCCGAGUUUAAACCCAAUGUCUUGGAAUCGGAUGAACGGUUGGGGCCACUGAGAAGUGAUACGAUCACAGCGUUUGAUUUGAUAUCGUUAUCGACGGAAUGGGAUCUAUCGGGGCUGUUCGAGAGGAGGAAGAUGAAGAGGACGAGGUUUACGGCUAGGGUUUCGGUGGAAGGAGUGGUGGAGAAGGCAAAGGCGAUAGGGGAGAAGUUAGGGUUUACGGUGAAGGAGAAGAGUGAAGCGAGGGUUGUGGCAUUGAGUAAAGGAAGAACGACGGUGGUGGUCGAGGCGGUGGAGCUGGUGGAAGGUUUGGUUGUGGCGGAGAUGAAGGUGGUGGAAGGUGUGGAGGAGGAGGAGGAUGAGUCUCACUGGUCGGAGAUAACUGUAGGGCUUGACGAGAUUGUGCUUGCAUGGCACCAUGACGUAUCUAAAAAAUGUUGAAAUAUGAUUUGGCUUAAUUAUCAAUGUUUCAGUUUUGUGAAAUCUCUUCUUGUUUUCUUUUCGUUUUAGGAUUUUUUCCUUGAAUGUUAUCAAUGUUAAAAAAAUUGAAAGGUGAUAAAAGGAUGUCUGAGAAUCAGCUUAUCCCAAAACUCAAGAUAAUAUCCAAAACUCAAACCAAAGAAAGAAUCUUUUCCUAUGCAAAAUUAUCAAAGGAUUUUAAAAUUCAAAAGUUUGAUAACAAAAGGAUUUUCUCUAGUAAAUUCAAAAGAAAAUUAUUAAUUAUUUUAAAAAAUUUGGUAGAUGCCAAUCUAAAGUUGAAGAAGCGUUUUAUCCCAAAAAUCAAAAUAUAAAAAUUACUUUUUCUCAUAAAAUCAUUAAGAUAUUAUUAACAUUUGAAAACUAUUUGGCAAUGAAUUUUUCCGCUUAAAAUUAUUAAAACUAUUAAUAAUAUACAAAAUCUUAGUAGGUAUUACUCAAAAUGUUGAGAAGAUUUUUAUCCCAAAUCUUAUAAAUAAUUAAUUUUUAAUUGUUGUCAUAGAAAUAGCAUUUAAAAAUCAAAAAGAAUAUUUUAGCAUAAAAUUGCCAAAAUAUUGUUUUUUGUAACUAAUUGCCAAGAUAUUGUUAAUAGUAAUACUCAACAGUAAUAUUAAAAUUUAAUGAUAGGUACGCUCAAGACGCACUAUCAAUUUUUUUUUCAAAACUACAAAUUAUAAUAAGUUUUUCCAUAUAAAGUUGUCAAAAUAUUAAUAAUGUUCAAAAUUUGGUAAGUAUUACUCAAAGAUUUAUGCAACAUUUAAUCGAGUGAUUUUACUUUUGGUAUCAUUAUGAGUUAUUAAGUUUGAUGGCCACAAUGUUUAAUCAAUGCAACAUUAUAAAAUGAGAAAAAAAAAUUCUAAGGGUUACAGACCUCUUUGUCUAAGUAAUGUUAAUUAAAUGGUUUUUAGAAAAAAAAUGAAAUUAUAAAAAAGUUAUUUUAACAAAGUUUAAAAUUUCAGAAAUGAAAAUGGAGAUGCAUGUAAGUAAAAGAUAUCCAAAUUAGUUAGCACCACUUACCAAAUUUGUUAUAUUUUAUUCCUUAAUUUUCCAUAAAAUAUCAUCAAAUUCAUUACAUUCAAUUGAAUAUUCCUUAUUUGUCACUUUGACAAAUUUUCUGGUUUUGACUAAACAAUCCAUAAGAUUUUUAGUUGGUAUAUGAAAUAGUGA